AUGGCAGAAAUACCUCUCCUCCUACUGAUGCUGUGUACUUUGUGGAAAGAGAAACGUCACGAAGGACUGCCAAAAUCACGGGCCGACAUAUUCAUACAAUUCAUUCAAACCAUGCUAGAUCACAAAGGUGAAAUUCAACUGCCUAUGCCAUUUCAGAAAAUGACCUCAACGGAAGCCAGAGAAGACCUUAGUAAUCUUGGAAAGGUUGCCUUUAAAGCACUUCUACAAGACCGUCUUUACGUACGCUGCAGCAAACUCCCCGGCAAUAUUUCAAGAAGUUUUGAAAAAUUAAGAGAAGUUGGGCUUUUCCAGAUUGUCAAUCUUACGAGUCUCAAUCCUGAGAAAGGGGCCUAUUUCAUUCAUAAAUCCGUCCAGGAGUUCCUUGCAGCCUGGCACAUUAAGGAGGAGGUGUUAUCGAUGAAAGGAGAAAGUGCGCCUAGCCUUUCCAAAGUUGAAUCAUUUGAAAAGAUCGUGAAGAUGAAUGAAGUUCUGAAAUUUGCCUGUGAGCUGUCAACAGAAGCCGCUUACGUAGUUUUCCGUCAUGUAGCGUGUGUUGGAAGAGAGGAAUCUUUCCGAACCGAACCGUUGUCUCAACAUGAAGAACUUUGUGGUGAUCUUAUCUCGCACAGCUACUUUUGUUGUUCGGCCGAGAAAAGGCGAGAUCUCUGCUCAGUGUUUCCCUCUUAUACCGGAGGUUAUUUGUUUCUUGAUUCUAACAAGCUGAACAUCACUGCAAAAGAACAUUUGCUGAAAUCUGGCAUGACACCCAACGUUAUCUCUUUUACUUGCAUCGGAAAGUCUUCCGAGAAAAGCUAUCAAAACUUAAUCACUGUAGCAGAGGACACAGAUGCCGUAUUUUUUAGCCGUUCGGGCGAAAAGAAAGCCGCAGAUUUGUUGAAGAAGUUCCCGCGUCGUCCUGUGAGCGAGUUCUUUUUUAGGAGAGAGAGAAAAAUCAUCGUUCAUGUUUUGGAAUUAUGGAAAGAAGAAAAUGUUGGCACUUUUCCGACUGAAAUGCUGCGAGAGCUCAUUUCGCUAACAGAAGAGUCUACUCGAGUGAAGCGUGUUGGUGAUCCGUUGAAUGAACAAGACAACGAAACAACUCCGCGUUUGACUCAGAACACUUUUAGCAUCACUGGUCCAACUCCUUAUAGUCUUUCCUGUCUGGUUGAAAUUUCUAUUUACCACAUUGAAAGGCAGGAGAUGAAGAUGCUAGCUGAUUUCUUACCUCUUUUCACUGAUCUGCAACGUAUAGUUAUUACUGGCAAACCCUUUGAAACCAUUGAUGCUCUGUUGACAGAGACCCUGGUGUCUCGUAUCAUCUUCAGUGACGGACUUCGCCAAUUAGACCUUAGUAAUAUCAAUUUAACAGCCAAACCUGCCGCAGCUAUCGCUAGAUCUCUGCACCAGGCUCCUGGCCUGCGCUUACUCCAUUUGUCAGAAAACCCUCUUGGUGAAGGAGUAAGUGUUCUCACUCAACAUCUCAGCCGUGUUCCUCACCUGAGUGGGCUGUACCUUAUGAAUGUUAAAAUGACAAAGCAACAAGUGAAUGAUUUGAGUGCAGCUGUACGUCAGAGUAACAUCAACCUUUUGCAGACACCCUACCACGUAAGUUUUGUUAUCUUAGUUUGCAUAUGUAGUCAUUAUUCAUGUCUAUUCUGUUCAAUUUACUGUGGUGUUGUGCUAAGAAUUUUUACGCCCUGGGUUCGUGGGGCAAGUGCGAUAUUUCCUUUGCUUUUAUGAAACAAGAUUGAAAUUUACCUCAUGAAAAGUCACCACUAGUCAGUUCAAAUCAGUUUUAUACAUGUAGUAAGUGAAUGCGUUACCACACUGUGCGCGUGAAUGUGAGAACGGCCGCGUGUUUUCAGGUACUAUUGACAGAAAGUUAAUGUCAGUGUUUGGAAGAGAUCAGGGAGCUACUUUCUACACUUGUCUUAAAAUUUAGGAAAUCUGCGAGUACUGGUUUUCAAGUUUUGUUUAUUUGUUUAGCUAUUUUUUUCCUUCUGAAAGUGGUCUUGAUUUCCGUAAGAGAAACAGAAAUUGAGGGAGCAAACAAUUGCUUGUUUUUAACAUGAGCUGAGCAUCCGUCUGUAAGAAAUGAUUUGAGACCUUAGUUUUUUCACUUUGCUUUAUUUACAGCUCUUAGGAGUUGUUAAACAAUGUCAUACUUUAAAGCUGAAGCUUCUUUCUGAAGGAGGAAAAGUUAAACUUCAAAGAAAAUGUGGGAUGUUUCUGGAUGCUCCGAGAAAAAAAUUUUGAUACCCAAAUAUUCCCUUAGAAAGAGCUUCUGGAAUAGUAUUUGGGAGUUUUGUAGACAGAUGGUUAGCAUAAAUCUGUAAUUUUGAUUUGAUUGAUUAACUCAGUGGUUUGCUAUAUCAUUUAGGUUUUGAAAAAAUGCAGUAAAGGCACAGCAGAAUUUUUCCCUUAAGCUUCCUUUUACACAGAUUUUCCUUUUCUUCCUUUGGUCCUAACCAGAAGUUACUAGGAACAUUGUCAAUUGGAAAAGAAAUGACCAAGGGCUUCCACUUGAAAAGUAGUAGAGAAAGAAUGCUACCACUGUAAGAGAGAUACUGGUUCAAAUUUCACAGGCAGAGAUUCUCUAAUGUCAAUGGUUUGCAGUUACUUUGAUCAAUUAUGUUUUUAUCCUACUCUAUCCAGAGAAUUUCUUGUUAAUCAGCCUGUGUAAAAAUAGCAAUGAAGGUUGCAUCUGUCUGAAUCAAACUUGCCCUAACUGGUGAUAUGUCUUUACAUUUUUUAUAUUAACUUGCCAAGCAGACUGCUAAGCUGAUGAGCUGCUGAACUACAAAAAUAUUGCAGCAUUUGAAAUGCUCACAAAUAAUGUCCACUUUUGCAGUUUCCUAAGUUUGAAAAUGAGUACUAGCUGUGGAUGAGCCACUAAGUAAAUAUUCAUAACCUUUAAAGAGGAGACAUCAGCAGUUCCUUGUUCCUCGCAUGAACUACGGAGCCUUUUCCUUAAAAGGUUACCUUUAGUUGUAUUCUCUGCAUAGGCUUGUCAGGUCAAGUACCUAUAAGACUCUAGGAGAGGUGGUCACUUUGAUGUUAUGUAUAUUUUUUUAACACUUUAGCUUAUUUCUCUAAUAACAUAAUCAGUAUGGGUCCCACCAUGGAUGUAAUUGGAAUAUAUCUAAAUUUUAUUGAGCCUUGUGAUGUUUGCUUACAAGGAACGUUCCUUAAUAUAAAAGUUGUUUUAAAUUAACUCAGUCAAACAUACUCAUGGCAUGAUUUUUCUUUAUAUAAAAAGUAACCAGGGUAAACAAGUUGGAGUACAGGUGUAUGUUGUUUGACAAGAUAAUGUCGAUUGUUGGUUUGUGAUUUAUGACAGGAUCUCGAAGGGAAUGUCAAACCUGAAGAAGAAUGGCCAACAGAUGAGUACUGGAGUGGUUAUUGGAGCGAAUCAGAAGAAGAGUCAGAUCCUGGGUCAGUACCUGACUCAGGUGAUGAGGAGGAGCCUGGGUCAGUUACCACCUCAGGUGACGAGGAGGAUCCUGGGUCAAUUACUGACUCAAGUGACAAGGAGGAUCCUGGGUUAGUUACCGACUCAGGUGAUGAGGAGGAGCCUGGGUCCUACCUGGAAAUGUAA